AUGGAGAGUCUCAGUGAGCUCCAGAACCCUUUGCUAGAUAAAACCAGCAGACACGUGGUGCACAACGACUACCAGGGUUACCAGUGUGACUACCCAAGCCAGCCUUACCAGGACAGCCUCAUCGGUUACUACUACACUGGGACUAACGGCAAGAAUAAGACUCAGCAGUUCCUAGAUGCCACUUCUCUUCAUCUAGCGGUCGAGGCCUUCUACAGGCCGAACAUCAUCCUGUGCAAGGAUGACAGCAGCCUCCACAGCAAGGACUCAAAGGCCGAGAGCUAUGAGACCACUUUCACAGAGAGUAAGGACACUGUGUUGGAUGGAGUUUCCACAGAAAACCCUCUGGACAGCAUACAAGGCGACAAGAUCCAGACGGUGUCAUACGAGGUGGAGGAGGAGCAGGGUCCUGAAUAUGAGAGUGACAGCUCCAGUGACAGUGAGAGUGAGGACAACUUCAUUGUGCUGCCCCCUCGGGACUACCUGGGCCUAGCCAUCUUCUCCAUGCUCUGCUGCUUCUGGCCCUUGGGCAUCAUUGCCUUUUACUAUUCUCACAAGACUGGCAAGGCCAUCGCUAAGGGAGACUUCUCCAGAGCAGGAAUGAGCUCCAGAAGAACCCUAUUCCUGGCUGCUCUUUCCAUUACCGUUGGAACAGGGAUGUAUGUGGGGGUGGUUGUGGCCCUCAUAGCCUACCUGUCCAAACCUGGACACGUAUAGCACUGGGACCGGUUUGCUUGGGGGAAGAUGGUAAGAAAGAGGAGGUAAAAUUGGAUGAAGGGAAAAGAAGAGCUUGGACUGAUCUGUUCACGUCUCCUGAAGGCCUGUUCCACUGCUGCCUGGCUGUCUGGGAAAUGAAGAAGCUACACAGUAUGAGCAGGAAAGACUAAUCAGAAAGAGAGAAAGAA